UGAAACGCGCCGCCGUUUCAGGUGGUUACGAUAGUUACAGUUAUUAUAAUGAUUACAGUAAAGAUUAUGAUGAUUACUAUAAAGAUUACAAAGAUUACGGUAGCUAUAAAGUGAAACGCGACGCCGUUUCAAGUGGUUACGGUUACUAUAAUGAUUACAAUGAUUACAAUGAUUACAAUGAUUACGGUGACUAUUACGAGAAGAGCGAUGACUACGAUAAGAGCUAUGACUACGAUAGGAGCUAUGACUACGAUAAAAGCUAUGACUACGAUAAAAGCUAUGACUAG